CCCUAAAACUGGGUAGAUUGAAUUCAUCUACUUCCUGCGUUGAAACAGGAAAGCUCAAGCUAUAGAUACCACUAAAGUAAGUAAGAUUAUUUUGUGCCUAGCUGAUUGAAUUUAGCUGCUAUAUUAGGAUCCCAUUAAUGUAUCUAUAGCGUGUGAUUAUCUUAUCUUGUGUAAUUGUUAAGAAAAUGAACUUUGCAAGGACAGUUACCAUUUUGUGCUUGCUCCUGCCAAGUAUAACGUUGUCUCAGAAAUUCGACCUGCUAAUAGUUGGCACAAUAAACAUUAAUGUGCUUACACUUGAGUGCCGCAACGAACAAACAGGAACUAGUGAACCAAAUGCUUUCUUCUGGCUUAACGGAACCUCGCUGUUUGAUGUUAUGCCGAGAGUGGAAAUUAAUCGUCAACCGGGUAGCAGCAACAUAGCAUUUAGUAUUACUCGUGACCUCGAAGGUAUGUACACAUGUGGAACACAAAGUAAUCCAAAUAACCAACGAGAAAGCGAUCCAAAAUAUUUCCCUGCGUUCCCAGUGUAUCAAGAUUUGAUGGGUGUGCCAACUCUUUUCCCUGUUGCAUCUGGAACUAAAGCUCGCCUAAGUUGUGCCAUUCAGCCUGGCAAACUGAUUGGUUUUUACACAGUUGAGUGGUCUUAUGUCAAUACAGGAAUGACGAUCAGCCUCCGGGGUGGUCAUACUUCUGGAAAUGAUAACAGCAACAGUGGUCACUAUAGUAUUGACAGAGGAGAUUUAUCACUCAUAAUCUCUGACGUUUCUCCUGCUGAUGCUGGUGAUUAUGUAUGUGUCUUGGGGGUGGAGGGUGGAAAUAGAGCUGAUGGUGAAAUGGUAUAUGAACAGACAAGAUCCGUUAACCUCUCCUUGGUGGUGUUUGAUCUCCCGAGAAUUCCACAGCCCCCUACACCUCAAGUGGUUACGCUACAGAACAACGACGUACUUGCCACAAAUGAAGAUAGCGUCAUAUUCACAUGCACAGCGACUGCGUCUGAACAGUUUGCCUCUAGCCUUGAAAUUUUCUGGUGGCAUGGUGAUGUGAGGGAUGUUCAAACCAUUGGUUCAGGCAAAUAUAGCACCGAGGUUACAGGCCGUAGCACCAGUAAUGGUGUAACUAGCAUCACAACUGAAAUGACCAUCAGAUCUACUGGAGUGAUUGACAAUGGAAUUGUGAGGUGUGAGGCUCGAAUCCCUCCUAGUGAAGCCAGUGGGUCAGUCCCAGCCACCAUGUUUGCCAAUACCACACUGGCUAUUUUAGGUGGAUUUUCAGGUAUGACAGUAAGUGUUACUCAAGAGGGAAACAUCUUUUUCGACAUUAAACUGCAUGACGUAAUUCCGAUUGAUGUUAACCUCUACAUUGAGUACACGCCUCUCAACAAUCCGACAAGUACUAUCCCAAUAAUUACAAAAGACGGUUUUAUUAACACUGAAAAUAUAAUUUAUCUGGAGAGAGCCCCCCCUCAGGCAAUUUUGGAUACAGAAUUUACACUGCAAGUUGCCCUCAUUACUCAAAAUCUGGAAAUGGGACCAAAAAGUGACAAGUCACGUGUUCUGGAUACAAGAAGUCGCCCCCUAAGCACUGAACAGUUGUAUGAAAUCAUCAUAAUAGUGUCGGUGAUUGGAUGCUUUGUUUUUCUUCUCUUGUUCAUAUUACUGAUUGUCAUUGCCUGCCUGGUAAAAAGACAUCUCAAAAGAAAAGGCGAUAUGCAUACAGCUGGAAAUCUAGCAAUAGGGGCCCUUCCGACAGAGGUUGAACACAAUCCCGGUGCUAAUCCAUCUGACCUACUGGCAGAUGUGGUUUGCAAAAUUUACAAACGAAUACAUCAGAUCGAUCACGGAGGAGCUGAGAGUGCUAUUCGACAGUUGGAGCCACCAGAAGAACUGUCUGAAGAAGAUAUCACAAAAGCAAUCGAAAGCAUAAAGAAAAUUGUAAAUACUGGACUGGCUCAUUCUCAGCUGAAGCCAAGAGUAUUCAAACUAUUUCAAGAGGACAUCUUUUAUAGUACUAUGACCAGUAUGGAUAAGCAAGAUCAUCAGUUUCUGAUAACUGCAUUUAAGAGGGCCUACUGUGUACUGUAUGAAGAGGUGGUCGGUGUAGAUCCUACUAGCUGGGAAGAAGAUCUGGACAAUGUGGUUAAAUUUUUGGAAGAAACGUUGGAAGGUCUUUUGACUAUCAAACACAAAUUUCAACUUAAGGAGGAUUUGCUAAUCAGACUCCAAAACUUGUAAUUAACGUCACAUACCGUAUAGCGGCUAAUAUUUGUAUGAACUGCCCAUUUAAACAUUUUGUAUUCGUACAGUUCAGGAUAGUGACGUUGAAUCUAUUGCAGUAGAAUAAGUUUGUAUGAUACUCUUCAAUACAAAUUAAUUUAUACGAA